AUGUCCCGCCUACUUGCGGCCCUCUUGUUCACUUCGUUGACCUUCCCCAGCUCUACGGCUGCGCCCACCGCGAACAAGUCGUGCGACACCAUCGAAGACGGCUACCGCUGCAGUCCCAAGACGAGCCACUUCUGGGGCCAGUACUCGCUCUGGUUCUCCGUCCCGUCCGAUGUGGACGUCGAUCCUCCCGAGCACUGCGAUGUGAGCUUCGCCUCGGUCCUGUCGCGCCAUGGCGGCCGCGAUCCCACCAUGAGCAAGACGCUCUUGUACGGCGCGACCGUUGGCCUGAUACAAAACACGAGCACUUCGUACCCAGAUGAAUUUGCCUUCUUGAAGGACUACGAAUACAACCUGGGCGCUGAUCUACUGACGGAUGCGGGACGGCAGGAGAUGGUCAACUCUGGUGCCCACUUCUACAGGCGAUACAAGGAUUUCUUGAAGGGCAAGACGCCUUUUGUGCGCUCGUCUGGGCAGGCUCGUGUGGUCGAAUCAGCAAACAAAUGGCUGGAAGGCUAUGCCCAGGCCGCGCACAAGGAGACCGGCGUGAUCGAUGUCAGCAUCCCCGAAGCUGCGGGCGUGAACAACACGCUGUCGCAUGAGAACUGCGCCAACUUCGAGGACGGUCCAUUGUCAGAGAUUGGCGACAAUGCGCAAGAUAUCUGGGUCGCCAAGUUCGUCCCUCGCAUUCAGUCUCGUGUCAAUGGCAAGCUCGGCACGAACCUCAGCACGACCGAGAUCAUCUACUUGAUGGAUCUGUGCCCCUUCACUACCCUUGCUUCACCGAACGCUCAGAUCUCCGACUUCUGCUACUUGUUCACCGAGGAUGAAUGGCGCCAGUACGACUACUACGAGAGUCUUGGAAAGUGGUACGGUUACGGCAAUGGCAACCCUCUUGGGCCAACACAGGGCAUCGGCUAUGUGAGCGAGCUUCUAGCGAGGCUCACUGAGAAGCCAGUACAGGUCGUUGGAAGCAUCAACAGCACCCUUGACAAGGAUCCCACAUCCUUCCCUCUCGAUCGCAAAAUCUACGCCGACUUCAGCCACGAUAACGACAUGACCGCUGUUCUUGCUGCGCUGGGACUAUAUAACAACACCAAGCCUCUCUCCAACACGACCAUCGAGAGCGCCAAGCAGACCAAAGGGUACUCGGCGGCUUGGACGGUUCCGUUCGCAGCCCGUAUAUACGUAGAGAAGCUCUCGUGCAAGAAGGUGAAGGAGGAAUAUGUACGCAUCAUUGUCAAUGAUCGUGUUCAGCCGCUCGACUUCUGCGGCGGUGAUAGAUAUGGAAGGUGCAAGCUCAGCAAAUUCGUGGAGAGCCAGAGCUUCGCCCGAACCGGUGGGCACUGGGACCAGUGCUUCACUUCCUCAUAG